AUGGCUUUUGAUCGUGACCGUUGGAUUUUAUCAACGGUGGAGGAUGGAAAGGGCGUAUCUUUUUGUGAUGCAGGUGCAGGGUUUGGAGAGUCUAUAAAUAGGGGGAAGAAAGGUCAUUUGCAACUUUUCCCUUCUUCGCCUCUUUGUUUCCUCUGCACUUGUUGCUGCUUGCUUUUUGCUUUUCGAAGGUUCAGAGUUUACCAAAGCUUCUACUUUUUUGUGCUUCAAGUCUUCCUUCAAACAGGUAGAAUGGCUGAUCUUGCCUCCGAGCUGAUGAGGAUAGCUGCUGAGCAAAAGGGGGAGAAAUCAAAGAAAAAGGCGAGGAGGGCCAAGCCAACCAUUUUGAUGGGCGAUCAGGGUGCUUCGGGGAGCGUCUCCCAAUCUUCCCCGGUAGGCAGUUCAGCUGGGACCCCGGGUGGUCGUUCGAAGAGGCAGCGGGAGGAGCAGAUGACGCCUAUCGUCGACUUGUCAGAGGGGGACGGUGGCUUCGUUCUCCCCGCAUGUUUGAGCGACCAGAAAUACUUUGAUAAGAAUCCCCUCCAGGUGCCCGCUUCAGAGAAGGCUUUUAUACUGGCCGCUUCUGCAUCUGCCCGACAGAAGCAGCUUAAUGAGGAUGUUGCUGCUGUCAUCCGUCUGGCGGAGACAGCCUUGGUGCUCAAUGAAGGGGGACCAACUCUCGAGGCUGAGAAGCUGGCCGCUAAAAACAGGAAGCUGGAGGCUGAGAUUGCUCUGUUGGAAAAUGAUCUGCUCGACCUUAGGAGCAAGCAGGAAAAUUAUUUCAAGAAUAUGGAGGAGGCCCGACUUACCGCUGAGCAGCUGGAGAAGACGAAUAAGGUGCUCGAGGACCUGAAAGUCAGCAGUGCCGAGCAGAGGGGUAAGCUGAUGGAAGAAGUGGCUAUGUUGCAAGCCAAGUGUGCCCCUCUUGAGGAUGAGAAGGAGGAAACUCUCAAGUUUGUAACUCGAGGAGACUUGGUGAAGGAAAUCAAAAGGCAAGGGGGCUUGAUGUUGGCGAGUAUGGUGCACGGGUGGAAGAAUGCGAUCGCCCAACUCAGGGUUGUGAAUGCCGAGCAUGGCUUGAUUACUGAUGGCAUUCACAAGCUCAAACGGGUUGAGAACGGGCAGAUUGUUAUUCCUGAAGAGUAUAAGCAAAUGGAGCUCGAGGAGGAAAAGUUGGAUGAAGAGGCGGUUGAUGAUGAGGACGAGGAGGAUGAGGAAGUCGAAGAGGAAGUUGUCGGGGAGGAGAGGGCACCGGAGGGCAACCCAGAGGGUCAUGAUGAAAGCUCCUGAUCCUCCCCGGUGUUUUAUUUGGGCCUGCGCGCCAAUGACUUGUACUUUAUUCGUCUUUUUUGCUUCAUGACAAUUUAUUUUUGGGGGCCUGCGUGCCCGACUAUGUAAUAUUUGACAAAUG